AUGAACCUCAACACCAUUCGGAAGGAGCUGCACCUGCAGACAGGUUUAACGGCGGAGCUUACUAGGGAGAUAGCUUCCAAGCUUCUCUCUGCUAAAGUUCGGGCGCGGAAGGCGAGGACGAAGAUCGCGAAACUUAAGGUUGGCGGAACCACGGUUGGUGGUCCCAGGCCGGUGCUGGAGGCUGCGUCGGAGUUCUUCACAAAUAUCUUUGGGCAGGACCGCAGAACGGACUUUACGGGUUGGAAGGUGGCCCCGAGUCGACGCCUGCAGGAGGGGCUAGCAACUUUCCUAGAAGCAGAUUGGACGGAGGAGGAAGUUAAGAGGGCAAUCGCGGCAAUGGCAAACAACAAAUCUCCGGGGAGUGACGGUUUGCCGAAGGAGCUGUUCGAGGUUCAUUGGGACCUGCUGGGGGGGAGUUUUAUGGCCAUGGCGCGGAUUUUCCAGGCAUCGUCUUCACUGCCUGGUGAAAUCAAGGAAGCAGUGACGAUUCUUCUUCACAAAAAGGGAGAGAAAGACCAGCUGAAUAACUACCGCCCCAUCACCUUGCUGAAUUUCACUUACAAGGUCCUGGCGCGAGUGAUAGUAGAUCGAAUGAAGUUGGUGUUGCACCAGGUCAUCUCUCCGGAACAGUACGGUUUUCUGCCGGGAAGGCGGCUGUCGGAUGCGGUGUCCCUGGUGGCAGACAUCGUUGAGGCAGCGAGGAACGGGUGCAAGGAUUGGCAUUUGCUUCUGGUCGAUUUUAAAAAAGCUCUCGACUCCGUCUCUCGCAACUUUCUUUUCCAGGUGCUGCGGGGUAUGGGUUUCCCAGACCGUUUUGUGGGAUGGAUAGAGGGCCUGCACAGGGACACAAAAAUGCGGCUGUUAGUGAAUGGAUGGCUGGGCAGGGGGCUGGAAGUAGUCUCGGGGGUUCGGCAAGGGUGCCCUCUGGCUCCCUACCUUUUCCUCUGUGCUGUGGAGCCGCUGGCGCAGGAGGUGGAGCGCAGGAAGCUCGGUUUGGCUAAGGAGGGACGGCAUAUCGGUUAUCUCGGCUAUGCUGAUGACACGACGCUGGUUCUGCAGGGGAAGCAACAGAUUGUCAGAGCGGUGCAGCUGCUAAGCGAGUUCGAGAAAGUUUCAGGUCUUGCAACAAAUGCUGACAAGACGGUGGUCUUACCUCUGGGGGUGAAUAUUCGAGUUAAUGGCAGAACACUGUGCGGCUUCAAGCGUGCCGGCGCGGACGAUGCGGAGAGGCUGUUGGGCGUCUGGGUGACCCCGUCUGGCAGUGGAUUACCGACUUGGGAGAAGGCGCUGGGACACAUCAGCGGGAAGUUAGUCAAAUGGAAGCAGAAGUAUCUUACAACCUUGGUAAGGGCGACGGUGGUGAACAAUUACAUCACGACGAUUAUCACUUUCCAAGCUCAGGUGUACUCACCUCCGGCGGUUAUCUGGGAAGAGCUGAUGAGACUGAUCCAGGGCUUCAUUUCCGGAAGCAGGGUCUCGGGAGUGAAGGGGUUCCAGCUCUAG